AUGGGUUUGCAGUUUGGCAAUUUACCAAUUCGAAUUCACAGAAUAGUGUAUUACAAUUUAUCACCUAUAGAGCAACAGACUUGGAUAAAAUCGAUGACGCAUGGAAUGCCUAACUUGAUGAAACGAGCAUUGUAUGCACUCCCAAUGGUGCUUCCAGGUUUUAUAAUGUCGGCUGUGGUAUAUAAAUGGUCAAGCGUAGCACAUGAUCGAUAUAUUCGCAAGGAUCCCAAAUUAUACGAGAAUGACAAGUGAAUGCGAGAACUGAUCGAGCUAUUUUU